AUGGAUCCCUCCCCGGGGCCUGAUACGUCCGCUGACCAGUCUCGCGAUAACUCGACUGCUGCCUCGCCAACAGACACCCGACACCAGCCCUCGAGAUUCGAGUCCUAUUCGGGUUCUCGCGACGACGGCCUGUCCGAGAGCUUUCAGUCCUUUCAGUCCACCGAUACGGUGCGGAGACGCCCAGAAGCUGGCUACGGUUCCAUACAAGGCCAACCUUCCGCCUCCCAAUACUUCCCCGACUCCUCAGCUCACGACCGUUCCCAUUCUCGUUCCACCCAAGCUACAAGAUCUCCCAUGAUGGCUCCUGAACGCCCCAAAGCGAGUAAUCGACCGCGAAAGCCCCCCAUGACCCGUCGACCCUCGACGAACCCUUCUGCACCUCAUCGUGGUGAGGUUUUCUCCGUCGACGAUGACAUCUUCGAAGUCGAGGCCGACGCCGUCGGACGCCAACAAGAACAACAACGGGGGUACAGCACGCGCCGCCGGCCUCAGCUAGCGACCACCCUGUCCCGCGUCCAGUCCUCUAGAAGCGAGCACGGCGAUGAUGAGGACAACGAUGACGAGGCACCUCGUACACCGAGACCCGAGGACAUUGUCCCUGACCGCUCCGAGCACGACCCAUCAGUUCACGAAGAUGAGGAUGCGGAAGCCGAAGAUGACGGCGACGUCAGCGAUGCCGAGAGCUUCACGCUCAAGGAUCGUCAACAAGCCAUCAACGAAACCCAUCCUUUCGGUAUCAGGUUAUGGAAGCCUGCUCUGUACAAGAAAGACCGCUCCGUGCAGAAGAAUGCGGAAGGUGAUAUUCAUUCGUCGCCGGGCGGAAGGGUCAACAACUGGUUGUUGUUUUUUAACCUUUUGUGGACUUUGCUGUUUGGAUGGUGGAUGGCAACAUUCGCAGCCCUCGGUGCGAUCAUCUGCUUCUUGUUCGCGGCGACUGUUAGUGGCAGGGAGUACGGCAGAGUCCUUUGGGGACUUGCUAGCUAUCUUUUCUACCCCUUUGGCAAGUACGUGCGUUUGGAGCAGGACGACGCCUACCUGGACGAGGACCAAGGCGAGGGACGAAGCAUAUCCGAGUACGAGCAAUGGCAAAGCGGUGACUUGGAGUAUGGUCGACUGUUCUUCGGUCCGGACGGAUCGGAGCACAACCGAUCCAUCGUCGGCCGCUCACGGCGAAGCAUUGACUCGCAGCCGAGUGAGACUGACAGCCUGUUGGGCCGGACUCGACGCGGCGAGCGGAGUGAGACGCCCCCGAGACUCAAGCGCCGCUUGUUUGGACGAGGCGAGUGGAAUAUCGGAAGGAUCGUCUUCUUUCUGUUCUUCUAUCUGCUGCUCUCGCCCUCUCUCAUCCUGGUUUCCUUGAUCUGCUGGUUCUUGGUGUUUACCAUCCCCAUGGGCAAGGUUACUAUGCUGCUCUUCGACCACCUUCGGCGACAUCCUUUGGCGCUCUCAUUUGAAUCCGAUAUGGUUCUCGCCCGAAUCGCCGAUGCGCCUCACUCGUCCAUCCUGCUCUGCACCUACCGCGCUGUGGGCACCAAAUACUGGAAAUACACUAUCGACGGAACGAACGUUUUCCUCAUCAAUCUCAUGGGUGUGGUGUUCUUCGUCAUCUUCGACUGGCUUGUUCUCGACCGGAUCAUGGGCCUGCACAUCCUAAUCACCUCACCGGCGUUCCUCUUCAUCGCGGGCCUGUUCUCGAUCAUCCCCCUCGCCUACUUCAUCGGCCAGGCCGUUGCCUCGAUUUCUGCCCAGUCAUCCAUGGGAGUAGGUGCGGCCAUCAACGCCUUCUUCUCCACGAUUGUCGAAGUUUUUCUUUACUGCGUGGCUCUCAGCCAAGGCAAGGGCCAGCUUGUCGAAGGCAGUAUUGUUGGAAGUAUCUUCGCCGGUAUUCUCUUCCUUCCUGGCCUCUCCAUGUGCUUCGGUGCCAUCAAGCGCAAGACUCAGCGCUUCAAUGCGAGAUCCGCUGGUGUCACAUCCACCAUGCUUCUAUUUGCCGUCAUCGGCGCCUUUGGCCCUACCUUGUUCUACCAAAUCUACGGCACCCACGAGCUCAACUGCCUGGACUGCGUAAACCACAGCGGGAUCGGAGAGGGACUUUCCCCGGUUGGGGACGGUCGUGACUGCCGCAGGUGCUUCUUCUCUCAGACCCCAACUCUUGAUGACCGCUUUUACCUCGAGGCUGUCAGGCCGUUCUGCUACUUCUGCGCAACCCUUCUUUUCCUCUCUUACAUUGUGGGCCUCUGGUUCACUCUGAGGACUCACGCAGCUGUCAUCUGGAAUUCUGAGAUUGAUGAGAAGAAGCAUGAGGAAGCUCACGCACAUGCUCAUGCAGCUGCUAGACAAUCCGGACCUCACUCCUUUGCCGAGACCACUGGCACGUCCAUUGAUGUUCGCGAUUCUCACCUGUACAAGCGCAUACUUGGUCAGUCAUUGAAGCAGGUUGGCUUGAACGCCAAGGGCGAGGAUAUCUCGCGUCAAGGCUCUGUCUCUGGAUUGGGCCUCGCACCUGGAAAUGGCAGUGUUAGCAUUCCACAUGUGGUCCCACCCAAGUCGAGUGGUAGCGAUACCAUUCGCUCAGUCGUCCAUAUUCCAGGAUUUUCAGAGGCCGAGAACAAUGCCCUGGUCCGUGAAGUCGCUGAGAUGGCCGCCACCGCCGCUACCCUUGCUGCCCGCGAGCGCAUGCCUCGCAGAACUUCUAACCAGCCUGGAGCCUCUACUGCACCGACUACUCGGCCUCCGGCUUUGCGCACUGCAACACUCGCAGAGAACGAAGAUCUCGCUGCUGCCAGUGCCGCCCAAGUUCCUCACGGUGGGCAUGAUGCACCCAACUGGAGCCGAGGCAAGAGUGCUUUCAUUCUCAUGGGAGCCACAGUGCUUUAUGCCAUUAUUGCAGAGAUUCUUGUCGACACCGUAGAUGUUGUUUUGGAGGGCUUCGCUAUUGACGAGAAAUUCCUCGGCAUUACCCUUUUUGCCCUGGUUCCCAACACUACGGAAUUCUUGAACGCCAUCUCCUUCGCUAUGAACGGCAACAUUGCGCUGUCCAUGGAAAUUGGUUCUGCAUACGCUCUCCAAGUCUGCUUGUUGCAGGUACCGGCCCUCGUGCUGUACUCGGCUCUCUACGCUACCAGCAAUGGUGUUCAAGACAUCGGCAACCACACUUUCUCACUUCUGUUCCCCCAGUGGGACAUGGUUACUGUUAUCCUCUGUGUCUUCCUGCUCAGCUACAUGUACGGAGAAGGAAAGAGCAACUACUUCAAGGGUAGCAUUCUAUUGUUGAGCUACCUUGUAGUCAUCGUAGGCUACUACUUGUCUGGUUACACCGACGACAUCAUGAGUGUGAGCCGCUUUGAUAUCAUGGGUGCCGACGGGCAGUUUUCUUCAUUCAAGACCGUGGGUCGCAAGCGCAGCGGCGUUGCCUUCCAGGUCUAA